AUGAAGAAACCACUUCUCUUUCUUCUCCUCGUCGCCUAUACUUUUUGCUACACGGACGACCUCGGAUAUCCGGGAGAUCUACGGGACUACGAUCCGCCGAGACUGCUGGAUGUCUACAAUCCGUACGCCGAAGGACGCGCCGGAAGGGUUAAGAGGGUGAGGCGGCAGAGUUGGUUCCAGUUGAUUCGGAUAGCGUUACAGACUCAAACUUCUGCCGAGGUAGCCGAGAUCAUAAAAAGUCUGGAGCGUCCGGUGAUUUAUGUCGGCGAGAUCAACAACGACAAUCGGGAGGUGAUCGGUGAAGCGGCUGCUGGUCUUGCUGGAUGA